CAGGGGAGACACCUGUCAGAGGGUGGAGACUUUGUUUCCACUCUCAGUGACAGCGGCAGUCCUCUCCUCUCCUCGCCUCACUAUCUGGGCUUUGCCAUCAGUUGGCUGUUAAGAGCGAUCGAAGGAGCAGCUGUUGUUCAGGACUUCUAGCACAGGUGACACUGCAAAGAAAGCAACACGUGAUCCACGCACAAUGUCAAAGGAUGAGAGAACAAGUGUUAUGCGGACCACUAAGGUUCGGACGGCUCUCAAGGGAGAUUGCAGUUGGAUCCAGAGGCGCAAAGAUCCUGAGCCUGAGGAGGAGGAGGAGAAGCCAUGGAUGGCUGAGGUCCGGGCAAACCGCCUGAAUGGAGCCCCAAUAGAGACCAGUCCGGUCUCUUCGCCUACAACCAAAGCGCCAGCUUCCACAGAUACCACAGAAAGUACAAAAUCACCAGCAUCAGGAUAUCUAAUCAGAGGGGUUUUCAAAAAGACGGACACCAAGCCCGCUUCCUCAACCAAUGGCAUCAGUACUCCUGCGCCAACCUCCACCUUCACCAAGAAGCCGUCCGAGGCAUACAAGAAAAUAGCCCCUCAUACGGUGCGGUCCUCCACAGAGCCCACAGUCCAGACAGAACCGCAGCUUUCCCCCGAGGAGGUGGAGAAACGUACGGAGGCAGCCAGUGGUGUCCUACAAAACACGAAAGCUGCCCGGCAACGAUCCUACGUCCUCUCUGCAGCCAAGAAAUAUGAAUCCCCAAGCCAACCAGAAUCUCCUCCAGAGAGCACUGCCACAUCAUUUGUGGCUAAAAGGGUGGAGAUCAGCGACGAUGAGACCGAUACUCCAGAGGAGCCCGUCUCGGCCCCUCCCGCUCCGGCAUAUCCCGCUCCGGUGCUUCCCGCUCCGACUCCCGUUAAACGCGUCCCCGCGCCAGAGCCCACUCCGCCGCGGCCCACUCUACCGGCCAGGGUGAAGAAAGAAUCUCCCCCAGAGGUCGUGACCCCUGAGCCGGUGCCCCAAGAGAGUGUUCCUGAGCCUCCUGCUGAACAAAGUGCUGAAACUCUAAGUGCUUUGUCAGACACCCUCUUAUCUUUCAACACGGAAGAUACCAGUCCAAAAAAGAAGCAAGAAGCCACUCCUGUGGUUGAUCUGAUCUCCAGCCCUGUUAAAGAACGCGUAACACACACAAAGCCAGUAUUGCUUGAAGAAACAAAGACAGUGGAAACCAGUGUUGAUCCUGAACCCAUCCCUGAGCCAAGUAGCGACCUCCAUAAUGAUGACCUUGUUGACCUUGCACAGAGCGGAGACGUGGAGCAGGUGGACACUCCUCCUAGCAGCCCCCCGGCGUUUAGUCACGAUCUCCUGACAGGGCCCGAGAGCUUUCCUGUCCAGACAAAGAAGACUACUGGAACACUUGAUCUACUUGCUGAUGAUAUCAUCCCAAUUGAUACAAAACGCACCAGCCUCUCUGACACAGACGAUCUACUGAGUCCCACAGAAACUGUCACCAUAACUACCAAAACUACAGUCAUUACUGAAGACAGUGAUGAUGAGACUGACCCCAAGACCACCACCACAAAAACAGUCACCACCACUGUUGUCGAGGACAACUCUGUUGAUCCAUUUGAUCCUUUUCCAAAAGUGACCACACCCAUUAAGAGCCCUGUGGAGCUAUUUGAUCCUCUUGUACUCAACACAAAAACCAGUUCCACAGAUCCUGUCGCCCCUCCUAGUCCCAUUCCUGAUGACAGCAUGCCUACUGAUGCGCUUGUGGACCUAGCUGACGACAUCAUCCCUAUUGACACAAACACCACAAGACUCAUUACUAACAGAAAUUGGGAACGCUUUGACACCCAAACUCAGGACACCACACCUGAAAGUGAGGAGGAGGAGGACGAACCUGCUAGCAGUGAUGAUCUGGUCCCAGUUCGAUAUGAGAGGAAGUCCACAGACAACGAUUCCCCGUGGGAUAGAUGGACCUCCCCCACUGUUGAUGCCACUAAAACAGAGGAAAGCCCAGUUGAUGCUGACCAGGAGAGCACCUCAUCAGAUUCAGAGGCAAAGAAAGGGAUUGUGCUCUUCAAGGAAUAUGUUGAUGACAAAAGUGACUAUUCGACAACACGCUCCACCCCAUAUGACUACGACCGCGCCAGUAAUAUGUCUGCCUGUACAUACUGUGGAGAGCUUGUUGGCAGCGAUGCAAAGAUCACUAUUGAACAUCUCAAUAUCUCAUGCCAUCCAUCGUGUUUCAAGUGUGCCAUAUGUAGCAGGCCAAUGGGAGACUUGCUCUUCAGCAUGUUUUUGCACAACGGAAUGGUGCACUGUGAGUCCUGCUAUGCCAAUGUGAUUUGAUACCCCCUCCCCCAAAAGAUAUUACCCAUCAUCCUAACAAGACUCGGACAGUUUGAUACUUUUCAAAUGAUACAUUACAGUUGUUAUACUGAUACUCAGUAAGAACAUCAAAGUGCAAAAAAUAUACUUUCCAACUCCAUUUGAAUGAAGUUAAGAUAUCCUUUAUGACAUGAAGCUUUUAUUCUCCCAUACUAAUAGAGGAAUACUGAAAUAUUACUGUACUGAUCUUACUGUAUAUUUGACGUAAAUGAAGGACCUAUAAAUGUGUUGUGGGAGUGUAUCUGCAACAUCAGCAAGGCUUUGGAAAACUGUCACUGCAUAAAAGUGAGGAUUUUUGUUACAAGAACAUGAGCUCUGUGUUCAUCCCCAUUGCCUGUGUCUUCUUCCUGCAUAAUGUGCUGUUCUGUUUGUAAUGCCUUUUCUCAAUGUCUUAAUAAACCUUGCAUGAUUACCUAAAA